AUGCACAAUCUUCUUGGUUAUGGACGCUGGGAUUAUGUCAUGGUUUCUUUAGAUGAUAUUUUGAUAUUUUCACGUAGCUUUGAUGAACAUAAAAAACAUUUAAACGAAAUCUUAUCCAUAUUAGCUAAAGCCAACUUCCAAGUUAAUCCUGAUAAAUGUUCUAUUGCUGUUCAAAAAAUAGAUUUUUUAACUAUUAUUAAUUUACCAGCUCCAAAAACAUUAAAAGAAGCAAAUGAAUUUUUAGGAAAAAUCAAUUGGUAUCGAAAGUUUAUUCCUGAUUUUGCUCGUAUAGCUGCACCAUUACACAAAGUUACUAACAAAAUAAAACAUCAUCGACAUGAAUUUACAUGGGGACCUGAGCAACAACAGUCAUUUGAUGAAUUUAAACGUAUUCUGACAAUAUAUCCAUUAUUUUUAGAAUAUCCAGAUUUAUCAACUCCAUUUGUAUUAACAACGGAUGCAUCAGUAUUGGAAUAG